AUCCGGUCUGUGGGCCUGUGUACAUGUGAGGCAGUGACAAAUCAGCCUGAAUCACAGAUUUAAUCUUAUUAAUCUUCGUUAAUUCCUGCUAAAGUUCAGCCAUGCCGAAGAAGAGUAAAGAAGAAGCGGAGUGGAUCGGAGACGAAGCGGCUCCCGUUACCGCAGAAAAAGCAGUGAAGAAGGGGAAAGGAGCAAAGAAAGGCAAAAAGAGCUUCUUUGAGGAGUUGGCCACAGAGAGUAAAGAGGAGAAGUUGGAGGAGGCUCCUGUGAAGGAAACUCACAGUAAACAGCCCCAGAAGAAGAAGAAAGACCGUCGGAAAGGUAAAGGAGCAGGUGACGAUGAUGACGAUGAAGAGGACAUCAUGUCAAAGCUGAAGAAGCUCUCAGUUCAGGCCAGUGAUGAGGAUGAGGAUGAGCCAGUGACGGUGCCAAGCAAAGGGAACAAGCAGAACAAGGGUGGCAACAUCUUUGCUGCUCUGAGUCAGGGUCAGAGUGAUGAAGAGGAUGACGAUGAAGAGGAGGAGAAACCCGUUAAAAAGGAAGUAGAGAAAGGAAAGAAAAAGAAUAAACCGAAGCUGAAGAAGGUGACAUCUGAUGAUGAGGAGGAGGAGAAGGAGGAUGAGGGACAGGAGAAGAGUCUAAAGAAGAAGCCAGAGCAGAGAUCUAAGCCUGCAGAAAAGGAUGGUGAAGAGGAGAAGAAGAAAAACGUGAAGAAGGAUCAGGUGAAGAAAGGUAAACCUGCUGAGAAGGCUCAGAGCGAGGAUGAAGAAGAGGAGGAGGACAGUGAUGGAGGGGACAUGAUGAUGAGCGCUGAGGACGCCAUCGCUGAACAGUCAAAACAGCAGGACGACGACCCUUUCGCCAACCUCAGCAAGAAGGAGAAGAAGAAGAAGAAGAAACAGAUGGAGUAUGAGCGACAGGUGGCGAGUGUUCGUGCUCAGAAUGCUCUUGAAGGAGAUUUCUCCGUGUCUCAGGCUGAGAUGUCAUCCAGACAGGCCAUGCUGGAGAAUGCCUCUGAUAUUAAGUUGGAGAGGUUCAGUAUCUCAGCUCAUGGUAAAGAGCUGUUUGUGAACGCCGACCUUCUGAUAGUGGCGGGAAGAAGAUACGGUCUGGUUGGACCAAAUGGUAAAGGUAAAACAACGUUGUUGAAGCACAUUGCCAACAGGGCUCUGAGCAUUCCUCCAAACAUCGACGUGCUGCUCUGUGAGCAAGAGGUGGUGGCUGAUGACACUCCAGCGGUUCAGGCGGUGCUGAAGGCGGACACCCGUCGUCUGAAGCUACUGGAGGAGGAGAAACGUCUGCAGGCUCUGCUGGAGAAAGGCGAGGACAGUGUGUCAGAGAGGCUGGAGAAGGUGUAUGAAGAGCUGAGGGUCAUUGGGGCAGCGGCAGCUGAGGCUAAAGCUCGUAGGAUCCUGGCUGGUCUGUCAUUCACCCCAGAGAUGCAGAACCGACCGACAAAGAGAUUCUCAGGAGGCUGGAGGAUGAGGGUGUCUCUGGCCAGAGCUCUGUUCAUGGAACCGACCCUGCUGAUGCUCGAUGAACCCACCAACCACCUGGACCUGAACGCCGUCAUCUGGCUCAACAACUAUCUGCAGGGCUGGAAGAAAACUCUUCUCAUCGUCUCUCACGAUCAGAGUUUCCUUGAUGACGUGUGCACAGACAUUGUUCAUUUAGACAACCAGAAACUCUACUACUACAGAGGAAACUAUUUGACGUUUAAGAAGAUGUACGUCCAAAAACAGAAGGAGCUGCAGAAACAGUAUGACAAGCAAGAGAAAAAACUCAAAGAGCUGAAGGCUGGAGGAAAGUCCACCAAGCAGGCCGAGAAGCAGACAAAGGAGGCUCUGACAAGGAAGCAGCAGAAGGGGAAGAAGAAAGGAGGUCAGGAGGAGGAAAGUCAUGAGGCCCCCGAGCUGCUGAAGAGACCCAAAGAGUACACCGUCAAAUUCACCUUCCCCGACCCGCCACCGCUUUCCCCGCCCAUCCUGGGCCUGCACAGUGUGGACUUUUACUACGACCCUCAGAAGCCGCUCUUCAAAAAUGUGGACUUUGGUAUUGACAUGGACUCCAGGAUCUGUAUUGUGGGUCCUAAUGGCGUAGGGAAGAGUACCCUGCUGCUGCUGCUCACGGGGAAACUAAACCCUACUAAAGGAGAGAUGAGGAAGAACCAUCGUCUGAAAGUGGGCUUCUUUAACCAGCAGUAUGCCGACCAGCUGAACAUGGAGGAGGCGGCCACAGAGUACCUGAUGAGGAACUUUAACCUGCCCUAUCAGGACAGCAGGAAGUGCCUGGGUCGCUUUGGACUGGAGAGCCACGCCCACACCAUCCAGAUCUCCAAACUCUCAGGAGGUCAGAAGGCUCGGGUUGUGUUUGCUGAACUUUCCUGUCGACAGCCUGACGUUCUCAUUCUGGAUGAACCCACCAAUAAUUUGGACAUUGAGUCGAUUGACGCACUGUCAGAGGCGAUCAAUGAAUAUAAAGGAGCGGUGAUCAUCGUCAGCCACGAUGCUCGGCUCAUCACAGAGACUCAGUGUCAGCUGUGGGUAGUGGAGGACCGCUCCAUCAACCAGAUCGAUGGAGACUUUGACGAUUACAAGAGGGAGGUGCUGGAGGCGCUGGGAGAGACCAUGAUCAACAAGGUCAACCCAUGAUGGUAGCCUGGUAUCUGACCACGCCUGCUCUGUGCUGGGCGUGGUUAUGUUCCUCCUGAGAACUGUCAGCAUGUUUCUCUCUGAUCAAUAAUCAAACAUGGAUCCAUCAAUGGACUCUCUGAUGUGAUGGACUCAAUUUAACCUGAGGACAUCUGUUAAGGAUCAACUAAUAAAUCAUCUAUGACCAUGUUA